AUGCUGAACAUCGCACGCAAGACUUUCAAACGAGUGCCUAGCUUCCAGGACCUCCUACAAGGCAGAAUGACCCACCCCGAUAUUUCCGUUGACGUUCUCGUCAUUGGUGCUGGCCCAACUGGUCUUGGUGCUGCCAAGCGUCUCAAUCAGAUUAACAACCCCUCAUGGUUGAUUAUCGACUCUAACGAGACCCCCGGUGGUCUGGCUUCCACCGAUGUGACACCUGAAGGCUUCUUGUACGACGUCGGUGGCCACGUUAUCUUCUCCCACUACAAGUACUUCGAUGACUGCAUCGAUGAGGCCCUCCCCAACGAGGAGGACUGGUACACUCACGAGCGUAUCUCCUACGUUCGCUCCCUGAACGAAUGGGUCCCCUACCCCUUCCAGAACAACAUCUCCAUGUUGCCCAAGGAGGAGCAGGUCAAGUGUAUCGAUGGUAUGAUUGAUGCCGCUAUGGAGGCUCGCGUUUCCAACACCAAGCCCAAGAACUUUGAUGAGUGGAUUGUCCGUAUGAUGGGUACUGGUAUUGCCGACCUUUUCAUGCGUCCUUACAACUACAAGGUCUGGGCCGUUCCCACCACCAAGAUGCAAUGUGCUUGGCUCGGUGAGCGUGUCGCUGCCCCUAACCUGAAGGCCGUGACCACCAAUGUCAUCCUCAACAAGACCGCCGGUAACUGGGGCCCCAACGCUACUUUCCGUUUCCCCGCCCGUGACGGUACCGGUGGUAUCUGGAUUGCUGUUGCCAACACCAUCCCCAAGGAGAACACUCGCUUCGGUGAGCAGGGCAAGGUCAGCAAGGUUAACGCCAACAACAAGACCGUUACCCUCGCCGACGGUACCACCAUUGGCUACCAGAAGCUCGUCUCCACCAUGGCCGUCGAUGCCCUCGCUGAGUCCAUGGGUGACCAGGAGCUCAUCCCCCUCACCAAGCAGCUCUUCUACUCCUCCACCCACGUUAUCGGUGUCGGUAUCCGUGGUGCCCGCCCGGACCGCAUUGGUGACAAGUGCUGGUUGUACUUCCCCGAAGACGACUGCCCCUUCUACCGUGCUACUAUCUUCUCCAACUACUCCCCUCACAACCAGCCCGAGUCCUCCAAGAAGCUGCCUACUCUCCAGCUCGCUGACGGCUCUAAGCCUUCCAGCUCCGAGGCUAAGGAGGGUCCUUACUGGUCCAUCAUGCUGGAGGUUUCCGAAUCUUCCAUGAAGCCCGUUAACCACGAGAAGCUCCUGGCUGAGUCCAUUCAGGGUCUCGUCAACACCGAGAUGCUGCAGGCCGGUGAUGAGAUCGUCUCCACCUACCACCGCCGCUUCGACCACGGUUACCCCACCCCCUCCCUGGAGCGUGAGGGUGCUCUCACUCAGAUCCUGCCCAAGCUCCAGGAGAAGGGUAUCUGGUCCCGUGGCCGUUUCGGUAGCUGGCGCUACGAGGUCGGUAACCAGGACCACUCUUUCAUGCUGGGUGUCGAGGCUGUGGACAACAUUGUCAACGGUGCUGUUGAGCUGACCCUCAACUACCCUGACUUCGUCAACGGUCGUCAGAACACCGAGCGUCGUCUGGUAGACGGUGCCCAGGUCUUCGCCAAGAACAAGCAGCAGCAGUAG